UGAAAAUUACAACACUUAUAUAGGGCUUGACUGGGCGAAUGGUAUGGAGGAUAUUCCCCUUGGCCGAGGAGCCUUGAACCCCGAGGAGUCUCAGUCACAGAAUAAGUGCCAUAUACCACAAAAAUGAGGAGAAACGUUUUCAUAGAGCUAUAAAGUCAAUCAGAUGAUAAAUCUGUCCCCAAGAGGGCUGCAGAGGUUCACUUGUUGAAUUCAUUCAAAAUAGAAAUGGACAGAUUUAGCAGAUAUUAAAGAAAUGAAGGGACGUUGAGUCAAAAAAUGGAGGUGGAAGAUAGCAUUAUCUUGGAAGAACAGCAGAGCAAAAUAGUCUCCCCUUGCACACUUCGUCCUAACCUUUUCUCAGGUUUAAACUCUCAGAGUCUAACUAACUCUAACAAGUGUUUGUAGGGAAGGAGAGUAAAGUUAUUGGACAGGGAACAGCAUAUGUGGGAAAUCAUCCCAGAUUUUCGGUCAAGAGUUUUUCUGUUCACCCACGACCGGUUAAUGAACGAGCAUCGUGAUAAAUGAGAUGGCGUGCUGGGGUCAUAGGAGCGGUAGUACAAGGAAGGAGCUGGCUGUUGUCAGCACACGCCUAGAACUUGUUGCAAUGUUUCCAGACGGCGUUGCUGAGACGGUAGGUGACUGGGACAAUGGAGGGGGACGGGAUUAGAUCCUUGGUGGACACGAGGCCAUUGCCGAAGAAUGGAUGGAGAGGAGGGAUGGAAUGCUUUACCAGCCGGCAGAGAGUGGAAGGGAGAAACGGGAGGAGGGUGUUGGCCAAGCAGGAUGAAGAAGGGCGGUGUGCCAUUAUCGCAUAGCUGACCAUUUGUGGGUUUGAUAGGAAAUUAUGACUCUUUCCCACCUUUGCCACUGAACAUGGAAAUGGAUGCCUGGCCCAUCUCUGGGAUUGAACUUUCAUCCUGCGACAGUGACAGUCUCUAUCUAAUUUAAUUGGUUUACACCGGGAUUUUGGAGGAUUAUUGCUCGGGAUGAUGGGAUUACCCAGGCAGAGCAAACACCAGGCGCACCAGUUAUUGGAUUAUUAAGUGUCGUUGGUUCUGGGGGAUGAUCCCAGCUGCGGUGGGGGAUUCUGGAACUGAGUUGCUCCCAGGACUGUGAAUUCAGGCGGGGACGUGAGCAGCGAUGCUGAGGUGGGCGUCAGCGGUUUGGGGGUGAUCUGCCCGUGCUGGGACUUUACCAGGGAUGCUCAGGCUGCCUUGGCAAUGGGUUUAUUCCGCCGCCGUUGACGUCAUGAGGCAGAGGGAGGUUUAGGCACUGCCUCAGCCGAGAUGGCGGCUUGCUUCAGUCCGAGGAAGGUGCAGUCGUGCUGAACGGACCCACCGAUAGAGGAGGCCGGCCAGAUGAUGCUGUGGGGUGGAAUUUUGCCGAUGCAGAGGCCGUGAAUCAUCUGCUCGCCGUCAUUCCCCCUCGGAGCGCGUAUUCGCGGCUGCAGCGAGCCGAGCCGGGCACGGCAGGUGGAUCAUCGCCCCGCACCCUUGCACCCGCUCGGGACCAUGGCCGCAGAAGGUGAGCUGCUCAAGUCGCAGAGCGUGGAGCAGUACAAGGCUGAGAUCGAGAGGCUGGCCAAAGAGCUGUCCGAAACGACCCACGAGAAGAUCCAGGCUGCAGAGUACGGGCUGGUGGUGCUGGAGGAGAAGCAGUCGCUGAAACAGCAGUACGACGAGCUGGAAAGCGCCUACGAGACCGUCAGACACGAGCUGGAGCAGUUGAAAGAGGCAUUUGGACAGGCGUAUUCCAACCAUCGCAAAGUCGCAGAGGAUGGCGAGACCCGUGAGGAGACUCUUCUGCAAGAGUCUGCUUCGAAGGAAGCGUAUUACCUGAGUAAGAUUCUGGAACUGCAGACAGACUUGAAGCAAGCCAGGACCAUUGUGGCAAACGUGCAGUCUGAAAAUGAACGGCUCAGUGCUGUUUCAUUGGAUCUGAAGGAGAAUAAUGAAAUGUUGGAGCUGCAGCGAAUACGAAUGAAAGAUGAGAUUCGAGAAUACAAGUUUCGUGAAACGCGACUACUGCAGGACUACACUGAGUUAGAAGAGGAGAACAUCACUCUACAGAAGCUUGUCUCAACCCUCAAGCAAAAUCAGGUAGAAUAUGAAGGGCUCAAACACGAGAUUAAACGUCUGGAAGAGGAGACGGUGCUGCUCAAUAGUCAGCUGGAAGAUGCCAUACGGUUAAAGGAAAUUGCCGAACAUCAGUUGGAGGAAGCGCUGGAGACUUUAAAGAAUGAACGUGAGCAGAAGAAUAAUUUACGCAAGGAGCUCUCGCAGUAUAUCAACAUGAGCGACAGCAUGUACAACAACCACAUAAACAUUGCUGUCGAUGGACUAAAAUUCUCUGAGGAUGGUAAUGAGCCCAAUAACGAUGAUAAAGUAAAUGGACACAUACAUGGCUCAUUGGUAAAACUCAAUGCCGAUUACCGAACAUCUACAACCAGAAAAACUGACAACCCAGCUCUGGUCUCUGAUCUGUUCAGUGAGCUGAACAUUUCAGAAAUGCAAAAACUAAAGCAGCAACUUAUACAGGUGGAGCGGGAAAAAGCCAUACUCCUGGUCAAUCUUCAGGAAUCUCAGACACAACUGGAGCACACCAAGGGUGCACUGACAGAGCAGCAUGAACGAGUCCACAGUCUGACGGAGCAUGUGAAUGCCAUGAGGAGGCUCCAGGUCAACAAGGACUUAAAGACCGACCUGGAAAAUGAGAAAGGGCGCGAGUCUGGGGAAGAAACUCAUGACUAUGAAGUGGACAUUAAUGGACUGGAAAUUCUGGAGUGCAAGUACAAAGUUGCAAUCACGGAGGUAAUAGACCUCAAAGCAGAACUUAAAAGUUUGAAGGAAAAAUACAACAAGUGUGUGGAGACAUACACCGAAGAAAAGACCAAAUAUGAAAACCGUAUGCAAGAGUUGGACAAGCAAGUGAGCUGUCUGGAGAAAAUGAACAAGGAAUACGACGACAAGAUCAUACACUUUGAAACAGAAAUCAAGUCGUUGACAGUCAUGGCAAACGAGGGACAUAACACACUCAACGCAGCGCAGGAUGAGCUGGUGACCUUCAGCGAGGAGCUAGCACAGCUUUACCACCACGUCUGCUUGUGCAAUAAUGAGACCCCGAACAGGGUGAUGCUGGACUACUACCGGCAGAGCAGGGUGACCCGCAGCGGGAGCCUGAAGGGACCAGACGACCCUCGGGCUAUCUUGUCUCCACGGCUCGCCCGUAGAGGCCUAGCUUCGCCGGUUGACUCCAGAAACUCACCGGAACAUUCACCGAAGGAGUCCGGGAAAGACAAUACACAGCAGAGCCCAACCAAGCCGGUGAGCACUGUGGGCUCACCGGCAGUAACGGCGCCUCCCUCCUCGCCCGUCUCCGACCCGAGCGACAUCAGGAAAGAGCCCAUGAACAUCUACAACCUGAACGCCAUCAUAUGGGACCAGAUAAAGCAUCUGCAGAAGGCAGUGGACCGGUCCCUGCAGCUGUCCCGGCAGCGGGCAGCCGCCCGGGAGCUGGCCCCCAUGAUUGACAAGGACAAAGAAGUUCUGAUGGAGGAGAUCCUGAAGCUGAAGUCGCUGCUGAGCACCAAACGCGAGCAGAUAGCGACCUUACGGACAGUCCUGAAGGCAAACAAGCAGACAGCAGAGAUUGCCCUGGCAAACCUGAAGAGUAAAUAUGAAAAUGAGAAAACCAUGGUGACCGAGACGAUGAUGAAACUGCGAAACGAACUCAAGGCCCUGAAGGAGGAUGCAGCGACCUUCUCGUCCUUACGUGCCAUGUUUGCCACCAGGUGUGACGAAUAUGUGACGCAGCUGGACGACAUGCAGCGGCAGCUGGCAGCGGCCGAGGAUGAGAAGAAGACGCUGAACUCCCUGCUGCGUAUGGCGAUCCAGCAGAAGCUGGCCCUUACGCAGCGGCUCGAGGACCUGGAGUUCGAUCACGAGCAGUCUCGGCGCAGCAAGAGCAAACUGGGGAAAAGCAAAGUUGGCAGUCCUAAAUUUUUUGCAGAUUGUCAGCAGUCUGCUACAUCCAUACCGCCACACUGCUCACAACUAGACAGAGGAUGUGACUCAGAAACUGAAAGUCCUAAUAUAGCUCUCCAGGAAGAGCAACCACAUUCCAGAUCAAAAUGUGUCCCUCUCAGAUGUAUUUCUAAGGCUCCCCAUUCCUAAUCAUGCCACAGGAUGUUAUCCAUUGGAGAAGAAAGCAAGAUUCCACUGGCACUGAUGUGUUGCCAGGAAAGCCCAAAGGCUCCUCCUAUGUUGCUUCAGUGCUGAGCCCCAAAUCCUAUUGAUGGUGAGAACAAAGAAGAGAAUGUUGACCAACGUGAAAUGUGAAGCACUGAGCAUUUGUAUGGAAAAGCUCGUUUGCUGUUAUUUUCCCCUUCCUCCAUCUCUUAUUUUGGAGUAUAAAGGCUAACUAACUUUUGUGAAACAGUAGUUCACAGUCACUUGGUUUUUGCCCAUGAAACACAAAUAGAGAUCGGAAAAAAGGGGGCAGAGAAAAGCACUAAAAUAAUUAAUUUGCAGACGAUGGACAUCAGUCAUUCAGCAUCUGAGAUUAGAAACAGGAAUGGAUUUUGAUGUGUGUUUCAGUAAUUUUGGAAGCAUGAGGUGAUGCAUUUAUUUUGUAAGUUUGUCCUAAAUGAUGUUUCAUAUGUUGUGCACUUACAUGUUUGUUUGUUUUUACUUAUUGGAUGAUCUUUGGUAGGAAACUAUUAUUUGGAAAUGAUGUUGUGAUUGUCUAAAAGUAAAAAAGCAGUAUUUUGACAUGGUUAGCAUUCCUAGAUUAUGCUGUUACUAUACCGUGAGUUGGGCAUCAUAAGGGUCUGUGGCAAUGGUCACAACUGUAAACCAAGCAUCAGUUCUUCUUUUCUGAUGCUAGAGAUCUGCUAUUGUAUUUUUAUUUAUUCAUUUGUCCUUGUAUUUAACUUAUAAAUGGAUGCACUUGAUUUAUAUCUUUUCAUAAAACCAGAGUAUUAAGAUAUUUAUUUGAUGUUUGGACUAAGGUAGCAAACAGAAAUUGCUUGAUCUGCCAUGUGUUUUUUUUUCAAAAGGUUGAUACUGUUAUUGUUGAAUAGCUUUUUUUAUUGCUUCCAGACAUGGUAUUAUUAACUUGUUGCCACUGUUCAGCAAAAAAGAAAAACAGGAUAUUAUUGCCAAGGUACUAUCUUCUAGAUAACUGACUAUGUAGGCUACAAACAUUUUUCUAUUUUGUGUGCAAGGGCUUGGAACAUUUAUCUGUAAGUAUAAUGUCUUAAGGGUGACAAGUUUUACUUCUUGUUAGAUAAAUGUAUCCAAGAACCUGCAUAGACUGGUGUUGAUACUUGAAAUGCCAGAAUUAAUUGUGUUAUCACCAUGGAUCGGUAUUAAUAGAGUUUGAAGAGUGCUGAGGCUGAGCAAAGCCUGGGAACAUGUGAGCAAGUACGUGAAAGUCAUGGAUAGUACUGUUAUCAGAGUAGUAAUGAUGGGAAUCUUACCGACUAUUCCCUUUUUACAAGAUGAAUAUUCCUUUCACUCAUACAGUCAAACAUACUUCAGCUUCUCAUGAAGCCAAGAGUUUUCUGUCAGAGAUGUUUACAUUUUUGUUUUCACCAAGGUGAUGUUGGAAAAAAAGCUUUAUAUCUGUUGACUUUCUGUUUUCUGUUUGGCAUAUUUCACUAUUUGCACAAUUCACGCACAGUUGUGUUAUUAUAGAAUUUAAUUGAUUUAUAAUUAUAAUUUAGUUUACUUAGUUAAACAACUUAUUACUGGAUGUUGUUUUGAUUUGUAACUUUUCAUAAAACAAAUGAUAUAUAUAUAUAUAUGAAAAUAGCAAAUAUUAUGCGUGUGUAUAUAUAGAUACCAAUUUGUAAUUAUUCAUUUCUAUUAACAAAAUUCUGGGAAUGCACUGUAUCCACACCUGUGGCAUAACUGUAUUGCACUCAUGCCGUGCAAAAUAUUUUUUGUGCACAUCAACCUUUCUGUGGUGUGAAAGCAACUUCAGCCUAAUAGUCUUUUUUUUAAUGCAAGACUAUUCUCAGCACUGCCAUCAUAAGGCAAUGGAAUAUAUCAUAUUAAAGAAUCACAGUGAAAUAAAGGGCAAUCAAUUAACAAAGGGAAGAUGAACUAUUUGGGAAAAAAUUAAUUUUAAAUUCGUGGCAAAUAGAAAAAUGAAGUACAUGAAAGUACUCAUGUUAUUGGAGCUGGAUAUCAUUGUGCUGAAAAUACUACACCGUUCUUCUUGGUCUGAAAAUAUUUGCCAAAUAAUUCUUCCUGACGACAGUGCCCUAUUAUGGAUUUAUUAAUAUAAAUAUUACUAUCUUUAUACAAGCUAAUAGGUUACAUAUAACAAUCUGAGACUAAAGUAAGAAGCAAUUAGAAUUUUUAAAAAGUAGUUUCAUAACAAAUCCAUGCCAGUGUAGUGAGCCACAGGAAAAGAACUGUUUAGAUUCCUUUUUAUGCUCAUUUGGAAACUGAGAUCUGAUCUACAACCCACUCCUAUCCACCGCAGCUGCAAUGAAGGCAGCAGGGUCAUAUGGGUUGGGAAACCCCUGAAGCUGAAUUUCGGCAAUUAAUUGAAAUGAUUUCCCUCAAUUUUGUACACACCCUGAAUCAGGAUAGUGAAUCUGCUUUGGGCUCCUUCAGCUGAACAGAGUAGGUAAAUAAAUGAUGUGGCAGCUGAAAAAUUCUGUGAAACUACAGUUUUGAGAAGAACACAGAUUAUGUUGCAGUCAGUUUGUAAAUAUUUGUAAUUUAUACGAAAAUCAACAGUUUAUGCUAAUUAUGUGCAGUUAUCUACACUGAACAUGCAAAUUGUGAAUAAUGAUUUAAAAGAAUGACAUCAUCAUUCCGCAUUCCUUGCCUUCCAAUUUGUUGAUGUGUUGAUCACUACAAUCAUGAUUGCUCUCAGCUACUGUCCUGUUUUUUAACAGUCCAUUUGUGAACAAUGACAAAAAAUUCUAUUAUUACUGACAUUGUUAAAGCAUUCUGACAUAAUAUCCUUAGUUAGUCUGGACUGUUAUCAAAUGGUGUUGAAACAAAGUUCACAGUGUGAACAGGAUUGUUACUGUAAAGAACAAGCUGAAUUCAACUGAACUUAAAAUUGCGCACAAUAUCUAUUUUUUUGUUAAGUUACUUUAUGCAUAUUUUUAUAUAUCCAACAAAAUAAAUUAGUGAGAUAUAUUUUCCAUGGUAUCCAGCUGGAAUGUCAAAUACUUUUGACAUAGCAGCUGGAUGUCGCAAGGAUAAAGUGGUCUAAAUUAUCCACCCCGUCAUAUAUAUUAUAUAAAGAAUUUAACAAAUUGCAGUAUUAACGUUCUGUCACUUAAUGUUACUGGCACAUUAAGCAAACAGUAUGGGCUACAUAUUUCUCUCUGGUAAAUUGAGCCACAGAGAAAAAUGUAUUUCAAUGUCAUAUAUAAAAAGCACACAAAAGGCAUUUAAAGACAAAAUAUUAUUACUGCACUGAUAUUCUUUCCACCAUUAACUCCUAAAUCCAGUAACAUUGGGCUCAUGUAAAAAUUGGAUAUUGAAACAUGAGAGAUUAUUGACUUUGGAAUCCUGGAGAUAAUAGUCGUUUGCAUGUUAUUAGCUAUUUUACAGCAAGGGUUAACUUUAAGAAAUUUUUGUCUUCAGUGUUAAUGUUUAUGUAUAAAACUUCAUCUGGUGAUCUACUACACCCUGUACCUUCACGCCCAUUGUCAACCAUCCCUUGCGUUUUUUUUUUGUACCGCCUUAAAACUGAGCACCUAGUUCAAGAGCUCUUACUGAAAAGGAUACAUUGAAAUUGAUAAAGAACUUGAUUCUUCCUUCCACUGGAGAAUGGUUUCAGUUUAAAUGAUCAGUUUUCCUGUCAUGGUAACCUGUUUGCAGCCAUUGUACUUAGCCAGAGAAAUCUUGAGCUCUCAGGGUUGGCAAGGUCAUUCACCGUAGACAAGUUUCUUUUCCAAGUUUGCUCUCAACAUGUUGUACUAGCACAAUCAAAAUCAGCAGCUCCAAAAAUAUUAUCUCAGCCUUUGCAUAACAGAUGUAACAUUUUAAAUGUGUUAUUUGAUGGGAACUUCCUUGUGGUCCUAUCCAAAGAUAAUGGUGUGUGUGAUUUUUUUUUAAAUUACAGUACUUUUGAAGUCCUCCAUGACCCUGAGUUCCAAAAACUCCUCUAUUCACUUCAGCAAGUUCUUGUAAACCAAUAAUAUUUUCUAGGUAUUUGUGUUUUUGCUUUUUGUUGCUAUAAAUCCAGGAAUGAAGAACUGCAAAGUAUAAUAGGCAACCAGUGGGUUUUAUCAUGUGUAAUAACUGCCUUAUUAAAGUACAAUCACACACACUAACUGCUCAAGGUGUCUCAUAUGAACACAGGCAAAUAAAAGUAACUUAUAAAGUUAUGAUUUGUUAAAAGCAUACUGAAAAUAUGAUUGAAAGUUCUUUUUCUGAGUCUAUAAUGUAUACUUUUCAUUUCUGGAUACUAUUUAAAAAAUUUUUGGGCAUUCUAUUUGAACAUUCAAUAUUGUAGAGGUUUAAGUACUGACUUCUAGAACAAUGAUUAAAACUCUUACAAUAUAAUUAUUUAAAUUAUUUCAGCCUUAAAUUUGAGUUUUUAAGUAUAAUACACACACACACACACACACGAGAAGACAAUGAAUCCAAACAAAUUACUCUCUUUUCCACAGAUUAGCUGUUCAAUAUUCUCUCUAUGGUACUAUAGCUGUAUCCACCAAACCUAUACCAUUUAACUUUAUUUCAUAUCUGCCUUUGGUACAAUAGCAAGUGUCUUUUAUAAGAGGCUUGGUACAUUUAAAAUUUUUCUCCCUUAAAAAAAAGUUUUGUUACACAACAGACUGCUUGCCUGAAGAAUGGUUCAUAUUAAAAAGAACCAUUCUUGAUAUUAAUUUCAUAGCUAAUCAAAUGUACAAAGAGCACCAACACAUGAGUUGAAAGUGAAGUUUUAUUUAAUGAUCAGUGUCCACUGUGACCAAUCCAAGUGCAGAGAUGAGAUUGCACUUAAUAGCAAGAAGACAGGCACUACUGCUAGAAUCUCUGAUUUACUAAUCAUUCAAUCCACUUUCUCAGUAUAGAAAUUUUUUUAAAUAGUCUUUUUAAUCAUUGUUCUGUAUGACAUAGGCUGUUUUGGGGCUGCUAUAGGUCAUAAUUAAUUUAAACAUUUAUGGUAACAAUUGUCUUUAGUAAAAAUGUGAUGAAACUUCAACAGAAAAUCAGAGGUAGUUUGGUUGAUAGAUUAUACUUAUUAUAUGCUAUGAUUCUCAGGUCAGUGGAGAUUACUAUUUGACAGGUCUCCACGUGUUAAAAGUACUGAUGUCAUCUUAAGGUAGACCACUUAGCAAUCUAUCUUCUAAUGGCAUCAUUCAGGCUACAGUGAUUUCUAUGCUGGAACAUAACUUGACCUGAUCGAAAUCAUUUAGUUGUAUGGCGACCUUCUUAGCUUUGAACUCUGCUUUGGUCAGUUCUAGCCAAACUCUCAGAAAUUUUGCUUUACUCUGUGACAGUCUCAAGGCCAAACUUACAUAUCAUUUAUUCCCCUUCCCUUCUCCAUUAUAGAAGUAAAUCUGGAGUCAUUUUCUAUUCCAGCAGAGAAUAUCUGGAGUCUGAACUAUUAUUACAAAAUUAAUUUGUUUAGAACAUUAAUUGUUCCAUGCCUAUUUUGUGCCUUUUUGCAAAGUCAAUAAAGUCAUAAAUUUAAAUUUGCAUGUGCUAAAUACCUGAAAAACAGCUAUUUGUUUAACUAUCCUUAAAAAAAAGAACAUUUUAUAUAGCAUAAUGCACAUAGCCGAGAAGUGCAGAUAAGUUGAUGUACUAUAUGGUAUGUACUACCCAGAUGGGUUGGUAUCAUAGAAAUUCUUAUACUUCCAUACUAUUCAUAUUCAGCUUCAUAAAGUAUUCAUCUCCCUUGCUGAAAUUUGUAAUUUGGGAUGUAUAGUAACUAUUUGGUUGAUUCGUAGACUUUAGGAAUGGUAUUAGUGGAUUGAUCCUUUGAAUUUAAUGUGUUUGAUUCUGGUCUGUAUACAACUAUUGAAUUUUUUCCCCUUGGAUUAUAAAAUGUAAUGGAAGUAUUCCUUUGUGCUAAAAAAAAGUGAAUUCCUAUAUUACUGUGUAUAUUGUAAAGCAGACAAUCUAAGAUUCCCAGCUUUGAAAUUGGCUCCCUUUUCGUGUGACCUAAUUUGAAAUUAAUCCUACCAAAGGUUGAAAAGGGAAAUCAGCCACGAGGCCUUUGAUCGAUUUGGAAACGCAAAUCUGGAGCGAAUCUUUAAUUGAGUGGAUGUAGACUGACAGCACCAUCGUGGUGUGGUUUUAAUGCCCAGGCUGCCCAUUCCUGCCCUUGAAAUGGUGAAAAGGCUAAUGAAAAGCUUCAGAGAUGAAAAUAAAGCAAUUUAUCUGUUUUUAAAUUAUUUCUUAAAAAGCAACAUAAAACAGUGUAAUGUGUAAUUGUUUCCAAUAAAGAGGAGACAGUUUGUUUCUUGUGAUCCUGUC